CUGCUCCUCAGAGUCAACACGUAAAAGCCAUGUUGUCUAAUUCUAUCCGCAUCUCCUCUCUUCGCACCGCCUCUUGUGCUUACAAGGCUAUUACAUCUCGGUCAUUUGGAAUCGGUGAUACUUUUGGCAAAAAGGAAAAAGUCGAAGAAGAUCGUUUUAUGCGGGAGCAGGAGAAGAAGUUUUUUGAACAGAAAAAGGCCGAAAUGGACGAAAAGAUGCAUGCGACGGAAUUGGCCGCUUUUGAAGCUUCGGUGGCACCGGCAAUGGCGGAGGCUGAGAAUGCUCUGAGCAAGACGGGAGAUAAAAUUAGUGUUGCAGGAUUAGAGGCAAUCGCCAAGUGGAAGCUUGGGUUGUAGGUUUCUCGCUUUGACUUAGGGCGGGCUGUUGGUUCUUGCGAGUGUACCUCUAAUGAGCAUCAUUAUUCAAAACCUUGCCCCACGAGUGAAACUAAGACCAAGAACUAGUCGAUAAAUACUAUAGAUUACGCUCUUGUACUAAUCU